UCCGCAACAUUCAUUUCAUACCACCCACACGGCAUACCACCCACUUGUCAGAAUCGAAACCACAAAAAACGUCUGAGACGUCUCCGGGUUAUUCGUCCGACUCCACCUAGCCACGAUAUGGAUCCUUCCAACGGACCCGCCGAAAAACGACCAAAAACUUCUGCUGAAGACACCACCGAACCAAUUCGCUGCAAACAUUUUGUUCAACGGAAAAAGCGUUACUGCAAGAUGACUGUGGGUCGAGGUAAGCAAUACUGUGGCGAACAUGAGGUGCACUCCGGCAACGACAACCUCCCAUCACUGGAAGCUCUUGGUUCUUCGCCGGGACGUAUUCCGUGCCCACUGGACCCGAAACAUUCUAUUGCGGCGACCAAGCUGGAAAAGCAUCUGAAGAUCUGCAACGCCAAGCCAAAGGAAUUACCAGCGUACGUUCAGGUGGGAAUUAACGCCAGCUCGGAUGGCGAAGGCAGUGACCUACUCAACACAGAGGAAAACCUCAAGCUCUCGGAUGUUCCAAAAGAUGAAUUAAUGGCACUGGUGAAUAAGAUUGAGACUGUGUUUGAAGAGAUUCAAAUCGGGGUGAUAGACGAGUUGAUAUUGGAGCAUGACGCAUUUAAAGAAGAACUGGGAAACGAGACUUACGGGCCACAAACGUUGAAGCAUUUGGUGCAGUCGGCCUCUCUGCUGGGAAUUGUAGAGCGAGAGAACUUUUUCCAAAACGAUGUGGCUUUCGUGGAAUUUGGAGCCGGCAAGGGACAAGUGGCCUUCUGGUUGGCCACGAUACUGCAGCAGUCGGAUCUGACGAACGUAAAAGUUUUUCUCGUGGACAGGGCCUCCCAUCGACAUAAGAAGGACAAUAAGAUUGAAGAUCGGGAAAUCAUCCAGCGGGUUCGGGCGGACAUCGGCGAUCUUGUGCUGCGCAAAUUGGACGUUCUGAAGGACAGCAAAAAGGUUGUCGGCGUGGGAAAGCAUCUUUGUGGCGGGGCCACCGAUCUGGCGUUACGGUGUCUCAUACGGGCCAAUUUGGACAAAUCGGAGGGCGGCCAGUUGCAGUCGGAGGGAUUCGUGUUUGCACUGUGUUGCCAUCAUCGGUGCGACUGGAAGACAUACGCGGGCAAGAAAUUCCUUCUGGCGAAGGGGAUUAGUAGGAAGGCAUUUGAUUUGGUCGUAAAGAUGGUUAGUUGGGCGGUUUGCGGUACAGGCACCAGCCGAGAACGGAGGAAUAACGACACAGAUGGUGGGGAAGGCAUUAAAUAUGGACUGAGCAGGGCUCAACGCGAAGAGAUAGGAUGGAAGUGCAAACGAAUGUUGGAUUGGGGUCGCAUUCAGUAUUUGAAAGAGAAUGGAUUCGAGGCAGAGCUCAAGUUUUAUGCUAAAACUGAAAUUACUUUAGAAAAUGUAUGUCUGAUUGGACAUAUAAAAUAAAAAUGUAUUAAACAAAUUUUGUUGAUAGAAAAAUA